AUGAAGUUGAAUCAUUUAGCCCUCUUUUUCUCUCUCGUUGUGUUUCUGACCAUUUCCGUAGUGAGCCAUGCCGGAGUCACCAGCAGCUACGUCAGAGUUGCUGAACCUUCCGAAGAGAUGGCACUCGAAGUCUUCCCUCCCCCUUCCGGCUACAACGCUCCUGAACAAGUUCAUAUAACGCAAGGUGAUCACAACGGUCGAGCUAUGAUAAUCUCGUGGGUGACACCGGUAAACGAUGAUGGUUCCAACAUCGUCAAUUACUGGGUCGCCGGUACUAACGAAACUACAAAGUUGAGCGUUGAAGCCUCUACGACAUCCUACAGAUACUUUGACUACACCUCUGGUUUUCUUCACCAUGCCACCAUCAAAGGGCUUGAGUACGAUACUAAGUAUUUCUACGAGCUUGGAUCCGGUCGUUCCACUAGACAAUUCAACUUCAUGACACCUCCGAAAGUCGGUCCUGAUGUUCCUUACACAUUCGGCAUCAUUGGUGAUUUGGGACAAACCUAUGCCUCUAACCAGACACUGGCCAAUUACAUGUCGAACCCUAAAGGUCAAGCGGUGCUUAUGGUCGGAGACUUGUCAUACGCCGAUGACCACCCGAACCACGACCAAAGGAAAUGGGACUCGUACGGCCGAUUUGUGGAACCGAGCGCUGCGUAUCAGCCUUGGAUCUGGGCUGCAGGGAACCAUGAGAUUGAUUACGAUGCUAACAUAGGAGAGACUCAGGCCUUCAAGCCAUACAUGAAUCGUUACAACGUUCCCUACAAAGCAUCGCAGAGCACUUCUCCGCUUUGGUACUCAAUCAAACGAGCCUCCGCUUACAUCAUCGUACUCUCAUCUUACUCAGCUUUUGACAAGUACACACCGCAAAACUCGUGGCUGGAGAGUGAGCUCAAGAAAGUGAACAGAGAAGAGACUCCAUGGCUUUUUGUUCUUGUUCACGCGCCGUGGUACAACAGCAACAAUUAUCACUACAUGGAAGGUGAAAGCAUGAGAGUCACGUUCGAGCCAUGGUGUGUCGAAAACAAAGUCGAUAUCGUCUUCGCUGGUCAUGUUCAUGCUUACGAGCGAUCAGAGCGUGUCUCCAACAUUAAGUACAAUAUCACUGAUGGUUUAAGUUAUCCGGUGAAAAAUCCAUCUGCUCCGAUUUACAUCACCAUUGGAGAUGGAGGCAACAUCGAAGGAAUCGCUAACGAUUUCACUUAUCCUCAACCAAGUUACUCAGCGUACCGGGAGGCGAGUUUUGGACACGCUAUGCUAGAGAUAAAGAACCGUACUCACGCCCUUUACACUUGGCAUAGGAACCAAGAUAACGAGCCUGUGGUCGCGGAUUCUCUAUGGGUGAAGAACCGACACUUCUUGCCGGAGGAGGACGAGGCUGUUUCCGUCUGA